AUGACUGGACGCAGCCAACACCAGUCCUGGCUUCACCAACGGUCACUUCCGCCUGAGAAGGCAGCUUCGGGUGCGGUGUACAAUGAACCCCUCAUUCUGGCAACUUAUCUUUUCUCCCUAAACUCGGGAUUUGGCCUAAUGAUUGUAGCGCUCUGGCUACACUCUCUCCUCUUAACCACUACAUACUCUCAUUUGUUAAAGUGUGUAAGUGUCUUUAGAUACCAGAAUCACCUUUGUCGUAAAUCCCCAGCAAGAGGAAGACUGUACCGCGCAGUAGUCCGUGCGGUUGACAGAGUACUCUGAACGGACGAAUUCGGACCACCACAAUGACCUCCAAGGGGCAUCUCAUCAGUCACACUUCCUUUCGUAUAUUCUCACACAACCCCCUCUUCACACUGGGUGGCUCAUAUGACAUCUUAUUUCUUACGGCAGUGACAAUGCUGGAGAUCGUGCAAAGGGCUCUUUAUCUGACGAUAUUUCGGAACUACUAGUUGACGGAUUGAGGAAAGUUGCUGUUGAGGUGAACAACGGCUCUAAACACAAGGCAGUUUGGUAUUCGUGUGAUAGUUCGUGCAUAUUCCGAGUUUGUAUACGUCUUUCUUGAAAUGUGCACCCAUUAUCAGCAUAACUAUUUAUAUUUCGAAGACAUAAGUCCGAUUUAAAAAAACUGUUACCAAGGUUAGCAGCAUGGCCUCAAACUUGAAUGGGACUUGACAAAUGGGUGACUUCGAUAGAUAGGACACUUUAAGUCGGUUAUGCAAUUACAGUUUGAACUAAAUGUUAAAGAGAGUUCUAUGCCAGUAUGUGUCCCAAAACCCACCACGCACUCUAAGUGAAAAAGCCCCAAACUAAACAUUAAUGGAUGGCAAUACUUCGACGAGAUUUCAGAGAAACAUUGGUCACUCACCUAAUUAAGCCACCUGGGUGCAAUGCCGUUUAUGACGCACGCGACUGGCCGUACGAUCGAGAUGAAUGUACCAUUUGAGCUCAGGUUAGCAAAAGUAAGAGAUCCUUCGUCGGCCCUUCGUCUCUGGCACUGGCAGUUAUUCUGCUCCUCACAAUGAUACCGGCGGAGAUGUUGUGGCUUUUGGCCAAUAUUCUCCGGAGAACUUUGACGCAAUUUGUGGCGUUAAUUGCAGUUUUGCAGUUCGCAGUAACCUGCAUUGAACGUUGUGUAGUUAAAACGAAGACGGGCAAAUACGUCGCAAGUGAGUACGCACUGAUUUUCACUACAUUCUCUCGUUCACUGUCUUUUUCACAUUGAAGUGUCUUUGCGCCCAUAACACCUACUGCGAGUCAUUGUAACUGUAAGGCUGUGAAGGGCGUUCAGACGGGGUAACUUGGUAUGUGUGUCGUAAUAGAGAUAAAUAUAUAUAUGCAGAGAAGAUGCACAGGUAUCACUUGCAGACUGCCUGGCAACAAUAUCUAUGCACAUCCGCCUUCUUUGCCAGACUUUGAAACCCUUUGUUUGCCGAACCACAUCAGACUAGGCUCUUAUCUUCUUUUAGUAAUGACUGCCAUUUUCGACAGACUUCGUCUUUAUCGGCCAAAGUAUACGCUGAAGGUAGUAGAGGAAGUGGAAGGUGGAAUGGAGAGAGGACGGUGAGUUCCAAUUUGUUAGCGUUUCCUCGAAACACCAAUUGUAAUGUCCCAAGCGAGAUAUCAUCAGAACUUACACGUCAUUUCAGAUCCAUAGGGGAAUGUUCAAACGUUGAAAUCGGCACCUACACCCCACCUUCGUUGAAGGUAGUAGAUGAAGUGGAAGGUUAUCUCAAUUCUUGCCAGGCUGUGGAGUGUGUUCAGUCGGAAUAUUUUGAUGUGGGCGUCAUGAUGUAGGUAGGUAGACUGGAAAAUGGGCACCCCUGGAGGCAUAAUUCGAAGAAAACAAGUUCUUUUGGAAAGAGUAAGAGAUUUUAUAAUGUAAAUGUCCGACAGGUUCUUCGGGUCGUCGUCGUCGCAGUCAGACGUGCAGUAAAUGUGCGAAACAGUUCACAUUUUAAACGAACCUGAAAAAAAUCGAUAUUGCUUAAUCAUUCUUCUCAAUAAGCCCUCACUGUGGGCGGACAUCUCGUUCUGAUUGGCUGUCGGCUUUUUGCAUUUACCUUUGAGAUUUUUGCACACGGCGUCCAAUUUAAUGCGUCGAUUAAUGCACGAAAACGCAGAGUGCAUGGCCUCCAAAAAAUUCUCGGCCUUCAGAUGGACAGGAAUCGACUUUGCGCACCGUUUCCAGUGUAUGCAUGCAAGUGGUCUUGCCAUUUUUCUACCAAUUGGUGGUCGUGUGGGCGUGGGGAGUCCGACUAUCCUGUUCGUCCCCAAUACACUGCAUCGCAAAUGCCGCAGUCCGUAGAUCUCAGCUAUGGUUGGUUCAGGAUAUUUGUUCCUCCCCUGUAAGACACUUAAGUGCUUUUUCCAGCGGCUGAAUUCUGCGUUUUGGAAGGGUAUGCGUCAAGACGGAUAUAGAGAGAUUUACAGUGCGUGACCGAUCUCAUGAAAGGUUAGCCGAAAUUGGGAACUGGGAAACUUUUUAAAACCCAAAGACGCACUUUCUUCGAGUAUAAAAUAUGAAGACAAUGUAAUUUCCUACUAAAUAAGCAAAAGAAAACACAUUUUUUUGUGCAUGUUCUCUAUAAAAUAUAUUUGAAUUUAUAAGAGCAUCAAAAAUCAGUAGGAAAAAUGCAUGUUACAUAAGUAGUCAUUUUUUAAAGAGUGGGUUUCUCCAGGAGGUCAAAAAGAAGUGCAUUCAAAAGCCGACAUCCUGGCGGGUCCGAAAUGUUAUAGGGAUAUGCUGCAGGAUAAUCAGUAUAACAACCCCCCUUAAGUAAUCUUUAGCAAUCGGAAACGCAUUUAAGAAUCUUGGCUAACAUUUCAUGAGAUCGGUCACGCACUGUAUUUUAUAAAAGUAACAGCAACUAUUUGGCGUAGUCUGCUUUGGACAAACAAGAGUUGAGCCUCGUUUGUCCGCAGGAAGAAUGACGAUCCUAUUGUCAGUUUUGAAAGCGUUAUUCCUGCGAGAGUACUGAAGAAGCAUCUCGGUUCUUCGAGACAUGUAAAUAGUUAUUUCCGCUUCUGAAAAGUGCAAUAUCUGCAAGACUAUCUGCUGAUAUGACAGAACCCAAGUUCGCAAAGUAAAGGCACAGGUACUAAAAACAGAUCGCCUGGAAACAAUGUCUAUGCACAUCCGCGUUCUUUGACAGACUUUGAAAAACUUCGUUUGUCGAACCACCUCAGACUAGGCUCUCAUCUUCUUUUAGUAAUGGCUGCCAUUUUCGAAAGACCUCGUCCUUGUCGACCAUAGUAUACGCUGAAGGUAGUAGAUGAAGUGGAAGGUGGAGUGCAGAGAGAACGGUGAGUUUCAAUUUGGCAGCGUUUUCUCGAUACACCAAUUUUAAUAUCCCAAUCGAGAUAUCAUCAGAACUUUCUCGUGAUUUCAGAUCCAUAGGGGAAUGUUCGAACAUUGAGGCCGGCACCUACAGCCCACCUUCGGAGACAAAUCCGCACACAAUGAACACGAUGCGGCUGACCGAGGGAACUGCGACGGCACCUGCGGUGUCCACAAUGAUCACGGAUGCGUAUGUCACCUGCCAUGCUUGCAUCCGAACAUUUGCACAUGCAUCAUUUGUGCAUUGAUUUGCUAACGCACAAUCUUGCCUUUGCAGUGGUGACGUCGUUGAUAGGCCUGAAGGGGAUAUUUUGGACGUAGAACCGUCUGAAGUGAACACUAGCGGCCAGGCCAAUGUCGUCGUCGUCGAAGCGGGCGACGGUGAGGCGUACAACGCAGGUUGGUCUUCAUGUCAUCAGAUCGUACACAUUCCAACUUUGUAUGUGUCUAUCCUCAAAUGUGCAUUCAUUACCAAAGUACUGUUUUCUGUUUAGCGGAUGCCACUGUCACUAAAGCAGAAGCAAUUGCCACUGAGGAGGACAGCGGUGAGUGAGAGUUCCAUAUCAAAUCUGACGUCGGAUUUGGCAAAUGUAAGACUUAGAACGAUCCCGUCCUUGUUUGCAGAGUCCCAUCUUACUGCGCAGAAACCUAGACGACGAGUACGCCUUGGUCGGAGAAUCCGACGACUAUUUCGUCGUCUUAACUGCUGUGGAACCACGACCGCGCAGGACUGACCACCUUCUCCCUCAACCGCCCGACUUCGUAGUCUACUGUAUUGCAUCUCGAUAGGACACUGCUUCGCAGAUAACUCAUCGCUUUUCUUGUUGUUAAACUUACUUAUAUCCUAUGUACUUUGUCCCGAUCAGAUCUAUUAGAAGAUGCGUUUACACAGUCGAUUUUCUCCUUACAGAUUCUAAGCCUAUUUAUCCCCCCCCCCGAUACUUGUAAUUUAAGAUUUUCUGAGUAGCUGUGAUUGUACAGAAUGUCUUCAUAUUUAAUCUAAUAAACAAUUUCGACGAUCGGCUUGACCGAAAUGGUCAGUUGUGUGAUUAGGCCUGAGUUGUCGGCAAAUACGGACUAGACGAGAAUGAUUUGAUCCGAAAUGGUAGGUGAAGUAUGAUAGAGUGCGGUGGAUGCAGCGCAAGUCCACUAUUCCUGUGUGAGUCACAGUCCCUGGGCCCACCCUGUUGUGAAGUAUACGGUGGACAUCGUCCAUCACGACGGUCGAGCUGUCGGGUGUUGGAAAUAGGGGCUGUUCAAAGAACUCAUUCUGAUCGGGAUAUGGUGAUGCCUCGGCGUAAGUAAAUGCUAGUGGAAGCCCUAUGGCAGUAGGUAUCUCAAAGCCUACUCUGUACGUCUAGUAUGUAUGCUCACAAUGGUGGCAGCGAACGAGUCGAGCCCACAGCCUAAAAACAGUACAACAAACCCGGUUCCGUCUUCUUUUAAACCCUACGACGGGAGUAAAGAUUUUUCGUGCUGGCUGCGCCGCCUUAAGUUCCACCUAGACGAUGUUCCACAAAACGAACACAGCCGCAUGGUACUUCAACAUCUUGCAGACCACCAGAUGGACAAGGCACUCGAUGCCGGCCUCUCCCGCCACACCCCUUUCCAGGUGCUGUGCGACCAAUUGCAGAGGCUAUUCCAACCUCCCUUGACCAGUUACUAAAACGUUCCUUAAGGAGCGAUGAGACCCCUCGGCAGUUCGCCGACGCCUUACUCCGGCUCGCACGCGACGCCUACCCCUCACUGUCAGCGGCCGAUAGAGACCAAGUGGUCCUUUACCACUUCAAACGCGGCCUCGGGUCCCAGGAGGUGACGUAUUCCCUGAGGAUUCAGCCACCGGGCGACCUCAACGAAGCCAUCCAGCGGCAUCCCGCAGGCUAA